GCCCCGCCCCUGUUGCAGCUGCUGUUCUCCACCCUGCUCGCUCUGCCCUUUCUGCACUGUCAUCUGCCCGGAGUGGACGCUCCGGACUACAAGCCCGGCUCCACCCAGCAGGGAGGGAAAAGAAACAGAUUGGGCAGAAUCCCGUGCCUCACCACCAGCAUCGGAGCUCGAAGCCCAAACAUGGGCAACACGCAGGAGCGGCCAUCGGAGACUAUUGACCGGGAACGGAAACGGCUGGUGGAGACUUUGCAGGCUGACUCUGGGCUGCUGCUGGACGCGCUGCUGGCUCGGGGCGUCCUCACGGGGCCCGAGUAUGAAGCCUUGGAUGCGCUGCCUGAUGCAGAGCGCAGAGUGCGCCGCCUGCUGUUGCUGGUGCAGAGCAAGGGCGAGGCAGCCUGCCAGGAGCUACUGCGCUGUGCCCAGCAUACUGUACGCAUGCCAGACCCCGCCUGGGAUUGGCAGCACGUGGGGCCUGGCUACCGGGACCGCUGUUAUGACCCUCCAUGCCCGGGCCACUGGACGCCUGAGGCACCAAGUUCAGGGACCACAUGUCCUGGGCUGCCCAGAGCUUCAGAGCAAGAGGAGGUCGGAGGUCCCGAGGGCUCUGAGGCAGUGCAAUCUGGAACUCCGGAGGAGCCAGAAAUAGAAGCCGAAGCCUCUGAAGGAGAUGGCCCAGACCUGGAGCAACAAAUGGAUCCAGAGUCAGAGGCUGCGGUAGAACCAGAGCCUGAGCCAGCGCCGGAGCCUGAGCCUGAGGAACCAGAGCCUGAGCAGGAGCCGGAGCCAGAGCCAGAGCCGGAGCCAGAGCCCGACUUCCAAGAGGAUGAAUCUGAAGAUUCCUGAAGGCCUGAAUCCUGACCUGUCCAAAUCCUACUCAAGCUGGAUAAGACCUGGGAACCUGCCAGAACUUGACCCAAUGCGCCAAGACUCCGCUUACUGCAAAAUGAAUAAACCUGGGAGGGUUAGGCUGGCCCUGGCUCUCCAUAACUCUG